AAAAUGUUGCAGAGUAAUGGUUCUUGUUAGUAACCCUCCGUGUUGGUUAUGAUCAAAGAGUUGCCCUUAUCUUUAUUGAGAACUGCUCAGAAUCAUCCUAUGUUGGUUGAGUUGAAAAAUGGUGAAACCUACAACGGUCACUUAGUAAGCUGUGAUAACUGGAUGAAUAUCAAUUUGCGUGAAGUGAUUUGCACCUCUAGGGAUGGUGAUAAAUUCUGGAGGAUGCCCGAAUGCUAUAUUAGAGGAAGCACAAUUAAAUACUUGCGAAUCCCAGAUGAAGUCAUAGAUAUGGUUAAAGAAGAGACUAUGGUGAAAGGCCAAAGACGAGGAGAUAUGAAAGGAGGGCGAGGUGGAAAUCAAAGAGGUCGUGGUGGUGGAAGAGGAUCUUUCGGAGGUGGCCGUGGAGGUAAACCAGCACCUCUUGGUAGAGGAGUGAAUCAAGGCGGAGGAAAUGUACAGAGAAAUUUACAAAGCAACAAAAAACUAAAGUGA